CCGGCUCCCCACCUCACUGCCCAGAGGCCCCUGCCCGAGUCCCCACCGCCGGGGUCCCUGCAGUGCCGACGGCCACCAUGGACAUCGCCAUCCAGCACCCCUGGUUCAAGCGUGCGCUGGGCCCCUUCUACCCCAGCCGGCUGUUCGACCAGUUCUUUGGGGAGGGCCUCUUUGACUACGACCUGCUGCCCUUCCUGUCGUCCACCAUCAGCCCCUACUACCGGCAGUCGCUCUUCCGCACCGUGCUGGACUCGGGCAUCUCCGAGCUCAUGAGCCACAUGUGGUUUGUAAUGCACCAACCACAGGCUGGGAGCCCCAAGAACAACCCCACCAAGGUCCGGUCUGACCGGGACAAGUUCGUCAUCUUCCUGGACGUGAAGCACUUCUCUCCGGAGGACCUGACGGUGAAGGUGCAGGAGGACUUCGUGGAGAUCCACGGCAAGCACAACGAGAGGCAGGACGACCACGGCUACAUCUCCCGCGAGUUCCACCGCCGCUACCGCCUGCCUUCCAACGUGGACCAGUCGGCCCUCUCCUGCUCCCUGUCCGCCGACGGCAUGCUGACCUUCUCCGGCCCCAAGGUGCCGUCCGGCGUGGACGGCGGCCACAGCGAGCGAGCCAUCCCCGUGUCCAGGGAGGAGAAGCCCAGCUCGGCCCCUUCCUCCUAAGCUCUGCCUCGGCCUCGGCCCCGCCUGCUGCUGCCCCCAUUCCCAUCCGCCGGGGGGACCCCAGAAAGCGGGGCGUCUGUCUUCCUCCUCUUUCUUCUUUUCGUCCUCUUUUCCUCUUCUUCUCUGGGGGAAGGAGGGUUUGCCAGAGCAGCUUGGGGAGCUUGGGGCCUCGGCCUGAGGUGCUGUGACCUUGGGGUGACCUGGAUGGCGACGCCAGCCGCUUGGUGGGAGUGACAGCUGCCCCACCUGUUUUAGACAGCAGCCCCACCCUCUCGGGGGACUCAGGCCUGUCUGGCUGGCCGAAAGGGCAGGAGGAGAACACCGCUGCUGGGUCAUCUCGGGGUGACUCAGCUCGGAGCCCCUGACGCCCACGCCAGUACCCGGCCGCGUGCCCGCCCACAGUUCCCGGCCCCGAGGUCCCCGCCCGCUGGAAGCCCCGUGCGCCCAGGCCCUCUGCAGCCUGCUUCCCUCAGACCACCCUCCCCCCUCCUUCCUGUCUCUACUAUGCUCUCGGGGCAUCUGGCCACCCGCGACCCUGCGGCCUGUGGCGUGGCAGCCAAUAAAGAGCAGGUGACACAAGCAA